UCCCAGUACUACUCCACAACCUCAGCAACUCAACACACAAUCUUCUCUUCUUUAUCGUUCCUCAUCCGAUUCCUUUUCUAAUUUUUUAGACUAAAACUUUGUCAUAAAUUAUUGUAUCUGAAAAAAAAAUGGCUGUGGACUCGGCUCUAUCUUCUCCUUUAGGCCCUCCGGUCUGUGAAAAAGACGCAAAAGCCCUCCAAUUCAUUGAGGAAAUGACACGAAACGCCGAUGCCGUACAGGAAAAGGUGUUGAGUGAAAUCUUGGCUAGAAAUGCCCAUACUGAGUACCUGAAAAGGUUCAAACUCGGUGGCGCAACCGAUCGUGAAACUUACAAAUCUGAACUUCCGGUAAUUACUUAUGAGGAUCUUCAGCCUGAAAUUCAACGAAUUGCUAAUGGAGAUCGCUCUCCUAUCUUGUCCGCUCACCCCAUUACAGAAUUUCUCACAAGUUCUGGGACUUCAGCUGGCGAAAGAAAACUCAUGCCGACGAUUAAGGAAGAGUUGGAUCGCCGCCAACUACUAUACAGCCUACUCAUGCCAGUAAUGAACCUUUAUGUGCCUGGAUUGGACAAAGGCAAAGGACUAUAUUUUCUGUUCAUAAAGUCCGAAACAAAGACACCGGGUGGACUUGUGGCCCGACCCGUACUCACAAGCUACUACAAAAGCGAACACUUCAAGACCCGACCUUACGAUCCGUACAAUGUAUACACCAGUCCCAACGAGGCUAUUCUUUGCCCUGACUCCUUCCAAAGCAUGUACACUCAGAUGGUCUGUGGUUUAUUUGAACGCAACAAAGUUCUACGCCUCGGGGCGGUUUUUGCUUCGGGUCUUAUUCGGGCCAUCCGUUUCCUCCAGCUCAAUUGGGCCCAACUCGCCCACGAUAUCAGAACCGGAUCCCUGAAUUCGAAAAUUACUGACCCGGAAUUGAAAGAAUGCAUGAACAGAGUCAUGAGACCGGACUCCGAACUCGCCGAUUUCUUAACGGCCGAGUGUUCCAAGGACGAUUGGGAAAGAAUCAUUACCAGAAUCUGGCCCAACACAAAGUACCUUGACGUAAUUGUGACCGGAGCCAUGGCUCAGUACAUACCCACAUUGGAUUAUUACAGCGGUGGGUUACCACUGGCUUGCACCAUGUACGCAUCCUCCGAAUGCUAUUUCGGGUUAAACUUGAACCCGAUGUGUAAACCCGCGGAGGUUUCGUACACCAUCAUGCCCAACAUGGCCUACUUCGAAUUCCUCCCACACGACCCAAAAACGGCGUCGUCUAAAACCGUUGACUCUAAGCUAAUUGAGCUUGUUGACGUGGAAGUCGGAAAGGAAUACGAACUUGUAAUCACAACCUACGCAGGUUUGUACCGUUACAGAGUCGGCGAUAUCCUCCGAGUCACGGGGUUCCACAACUCAGCACCUCAGUUUCACUUCGUGAGGCGAAAAAACGUUUUACUCAGCAUUGACUCGGACAAGACCGACGAGGCUGAGCUUCAGAAAGCAGUGGAGAACGCGUCGAAGCUUCUGAAGAAAUUCAAUACGAGCGUAGUCGAGUACACCAGCUACGCCGAUACGACGACUAUUCCGGGUCACUACGUGAUUUACUGGGAGUUGCUGGUGAAAGAGGCGGCGAACUCGCCUGAUGAGGAAGUACUGAGUCAGUGUUGCCUGGAGAUGGAGGAAUCGCUUAACUCGGUGUAUCGACAAGGACGAGUUGCGGACCACUCAAUUGGAGCGUUGGAGAUUCGGGUCGUGAGAUCCGGAACAUUUGAGGAGUUGAUGGACUACGCGAUCUCUAGAGGCGCGUCGAUUAAUCAGUAUAAGGUACCGAGGUGUGUGAACUUUACUCCCAUAAUGGAGCUAUUGGAUUCGAGAGUGGUAUCCACGCACUUCAGCCCCGCGUUGCCGCAUUGGACGCCAGAAAGGAGACUGUAGUUUAAUUUAUUAUUAAUUAUCCUAUUUUGGAUCAAGUCAACGAUUUAAGUUAAUUAACUAUCUUUGUUUAAUAUUUAUGGGUUAGGUUUUUGCUCUUAUAUAAAAUUUUAUUUUAUUUUUUUUUUUUAUAAGGAAAAGAGAGAAAAAGAAAGUGUAAUGUUUGAUUAGGACGUUUCAAAGGUCAGGUUUUGUAUUUUGGUUCAAUUAACAUGUUAUCAAGAAAAGGAAAUGAUGUGACUCUCA